AGAACAUCAACCGAAGAAGACUCAAGCUUGAGAUGGAAGAAGAAGAGGAACUAAAACCAACCCAAGAGGAGAUUAGGAUAGUCGAACGGACUCUGAAGGUUCAUGCUCGGGAAAAUAGUCAGUUCCAUUUGUCCAGAAAGCUUUCUGAAAUUCACCAGAAUCUCGACCGAUUAAACUCGCAACAGACCUCAACUGAAAUCAGGUUGUUAAGAUUACAGGAUCAACUACGUCAACGACAGGGAGAGCUCAAGAGGAGACGAAAACUGAACGAGGCUGCAAGAGAUUCAUUAACUGAAGCACGACUGAAAAAUCUGAUCGAGAAACGCGAGCGAUUGCUGGGAAGCGAAUUACCACAACGAGAGGCAUGUCGACGAGAGCUGAGCAGAAGACGCUCAGAGCUGGUGGUCGACCUAUCCACGAUCUAUCCGAUCGAGCCCAUCUCACCCUCUGCUUCAGCCUCUUCAUCGACCAAUAACCCAUCAGUCUCGCGCUUAUUACUCUUCUCGAUCGCCAACAUCAUCUUACCCAAUCUAGAACCUACUCAGUCUCUCUCAAACAAAUCUCCCUUAUCAUCAGCAGCGAUUGGAACAACAGGAACCACGCCAAGUUUGAUGAUCCAGUUCUUCAAUUCUAAGCCACUCGAUCUCGCAGAUGAUGAUCUCAUCGUCUCUACCGCCCUCGGCUUCGUCGCCCAUCUCGUCCAGUUACUCGCCCUCUAUCUGGCCGUCCCGCUGCUCUAUCCUGUCAACUUCAUCGGCUCCCGCUCACUCGUCUCCGACCUCGUCUCUAGAAUCCCUGGACCUCGUUCGUUUCCAUUGUAUUUCAAAGGGGUUGAUCGGUUCAGAUUCGAAUAUGCCGUCUUUCUACUGAAUAAGAAUAUUGAACAAAUUUUGUAUCACCAAAAAGUUGUCGUGAGCGACUUAAGACACACUCUACCUAACUUGAAAAACUUAUUUUUGACGUUGGAAUCCAGUCCAAUAACUCGUAAUGGGGAAAAUGAGAAUGAUACGAGUACGAUUGAACUGGACACCUCAGACAACCAUGUUGGAAAGGAAGAAGGGUCUCAAUCACAUCACUCACCAUCUACGCCACGAGGAGCCGACCAUCAUCCGGACUCAUUGCCGCGAAAAACCACACUUUCUCUGCGGUCGUCCUCGUCCAAAGUGACUGCACGUCUACCUUUGUCACCCCCAGAAUUACCACCUGAUGACCAUCAGGAUCAGUAUCAACCGACUCACGACAAUGAUGAUGACCAUCGAUCGCUCAAGUCAUCCCCUUCUUCCUCCUUAUCGCCCUCACUUCCGCCCUCGAGAGAAGACUCUUCACAAACUGAGCAUGUCAAUCAUAUUCAUAAUGUCCAUUCGGAUCAUUCCUCUCCCUCUUCUCCGUCUCCUUCCCCUCCGUCUCCUUCUCCUCCUUCUCUGACCACUGCUGAAUCUCUCCACAUUCAUCGCAGCCAACCCCUUCAUUCUGAUCUUAAUCUUAAUCUUCAUUUACCUCAUCCUCCUUCUUCUAGUCCGUCUGAAAAAAACACAUCCUCAUCUCUCCAUCAAGGUGCACUCUGA